AUGGAUACAGUUCUGAAGUUGAAAGUAACUUCUCGUUUUUCUUUGUCUUCUAGUGACAGACAUCACACCUCCAGUGCAAUCCCUGUUCCAAAGAGACAAAGCUCCAUAUUUGGGGGUGCAGAUGUAGGUUUCUCUGGGGGGAUCCCUUCACCAGACAAAGGAUACCGGAAACGGGCCAGCUCAGAGAAUGAGAGACUCCAGUACAAGACCCCUCCCCCCAGUUACAACUCUGCACUAGUCCAGCCUGUGACCCCUGUGCCCUCCACGGGGGAAUCUGACAGAAAGACUGCGUCUCUGUCUUCCUCCUUGGACACCUCCUUGGACCUCUCCAAAGAAAACAAGAAAAAAGGGGUAGAUCUGGGCAACAGCUUAAAUGGAGGCCACGUGAGUGUGAACACUAGCCAGGAGCAGGGACAAGCCCUCUCGGGGCCUCCAGCCACAGUCAACGGCACCCUUCUGCCCAGCGAGCAGGCCAGCUCCUCCGGCGCCCCGCUCCCGGGGGGCUUCCACCCAGUCUCGGAAGCCGAGCUCUGCUGCACCGUGGAGCAAGCAGAAGAAAUCAUCGGAAUGGAAGCCACAGGCUUCACCUCAGGCGAUCAGCUGGAAGCAUUUAACUGCAUCCCCGUGGACAGUGCCGUGGCAGUGGAGUGUGAUGAACAAGUUCUGGGAGAAUUUGAAGAGUUCUCCCGAAGGAUCUAUGCACUGAACGAAAACGUAUCCAGUUUCCGCAGACCACGCAGGAGUUCUGAUAAGUGAAGCGAGUGGACAGAUGGUAGGACCUGGAUGGAGUCACUGCUUGAAAUGAGGAUAAAGCUGCACUGGUUACCCUUUGUAGUAAUUAUGACACAAAAUGAAUAUUAAUGGAGGAUAUUCCUCAGAAAAAUAGACUUUGUGAAUCAAGGAGGGACUCAGGAUCAUUGUGUAUCAAUGGGCCAGACAAAGUUAGAUUUUGCUUCCAAGAUUUUGCUUUUCAGGCCUGACAGUUGUUUUAAGGCAAAAGUCACUCUCUAGCUUGAGUCACCUUAUAGGCAUUUGUCUGCUUUUUUAUUUACACUUAUAUGUUAUCCUCAGAGGGAAGAUGAUAAUAUAUAAAUAAUAUAAUGAACUCGCCUUUAGAUUCUCAAUAGCAUUUGCCCUCACCAUAGUUUAUGAAACUUUUGGGAAAAUUGAAUAUUCAGUAAAAGGUCUCCACCAUUGACUGAAGGAUCUUUGGCCAUCCAUCAGGUUGAUGAGUAAGAAGCACAAUGGUCUCCUAUACAAAGGCCCAUUGGCCUCUGCCCCCAGACUCCACAGUCAGCCUAGCUGUUAUGCCAUUGGCGCAGUAGAUGCCUUGUGCAUCCUGACCACAGAGGACAUCACAUUCGCUAGUUCUUUAAUGCAGUUGCCGUGACCUCCCACCUCUUUCAGUCAGCCAUACCCUUGAUGCAGCCCUCAGAUUAUCUGAAAAACCUCACCUCUGGAGGAUCCCUCUGGGGGCCAGAGUUUUUAUGUGGGCAGAUGCUGUUGUCAAAAACUGGCUGUGCUUUCUGGCAAUGCUCUCACCGUAUAGAAACCCCUAUAUGUAAAUCCCAUGUUAAUUUAUUAAAUUUCAGUUAGAAAGGAGGCAUUGUGUAUGAUGAAAUAUACGUAGGGAGUCAGGCUGUCCAGUGUGCAAACUGCAAGGCAGUUGAUGUAGUUGGAUUCAGAGACUAGAUGAGGCAUAGAAUACUAUUGGUAUGUGUGCAAUUGCAUAAAUAUUAAAUUAUGUUUUUGAAGUUCAUUUUCAUUCCUGGAGCUCAGAUUUCAUUUGCUAUUGUUGUAUACUUUAUAUACCCAAGGACAUCGCCUCAGGGUUGCAAGCUCUUUAAGGAGAUUUUAUGCUUAUAUCUAUGUAUUAUAUAGAAGAAUAAAAAUUGAGUUUACUUCACUCAACCUGAUUUUUUCCCAACUUUGAAAUUCCUCUUGAACCUACAUCUCCAUAUGUUACAUCAUGACAGGACCACCCUGAGCAAAACCUGUGGCUGUAUCUAAGCUAAUGUUGACUUCAUUUGAGUUUACAUAUUGUAUAUAGCAACACACCAUCACAGGUGUACUCUGCAAUAGCUCAUUCAUCCUACAUAACAAUUUAACUCAUAGGUUUCAUAAUCAUUGUCAUACUUCGUCCAAGCAUUCCUGGGCUCAGUUUUAAUAUAUAGCUACAUUGUUAAAUGGAAUAGUUCAUGUUGUUAUUUUUUCAUGUAAAGAACUCACAGAAUCAUUGCAUGACAGACAGACCCAACUUGCAAGCAAUUAAAAGCUUUAACUUGAUCUGAAGAAAUCCAUCUUAUUUCUCAUAAAUAGGUGGAACCACUCCAAACCUGGAGCAGAAGCCAUCUGUAGAGUCAUGGCUUCUUUGACAGUGUACUGUCAUUCAUCUUAGAGUCAGUAAGGGUGGGGCUAGACAUGGUCUUAGAUGUACAUCCUACUGGGCUGUGGGUCCUCCAGUGAAGCAACAUCUACCUCCCAAGCCCAGAAGAAAGGCUUUGAAGGACUCUGUUAGUAUUGAACAACAGAAGGUGAAUCACAUGUGAUUUGUGGUUCUUCAGAUAUGGGAGAGACCUUUAAACUCCAUGCCAAGCUCAAAGACAAGGUACAUUCGAUAUAGGCCCUGCAGCCUGGCUCCUGGCACCACCAAGCAGAGUGACCACAUAUAGGAGCACCCAUGUUUUACAGUGUUCAUCUCAGGUUCCACAAAACCAAGUAGAGCCUGGAGCUCUGGGAUUUUGUCAGUCAGUCUCCCAUUUAUGGACUCCCUGAUUCUGGGGUUCACAGCUUUUCACCCCCACAGCAUGGAACCCCACCACUGAAUGUGAUCAGGUAGCCCAGAACUGAUGGAUGGUUACCUGCACAUUUUCCUGAUCUACACUGUGUCCAAUGAUAUUAUGCCUCAAAACACCACUUGUAGGUUUGGGUUUGUUUAGAUUUGGGGUUUUCAUUGAGUUUUUUUUUUUUUAUGUCUGCAGCUUUUGCCAUACUUGGAUAUAUAUAAAUCCUGCAACAUUACAUUCUCCAGGAAUAAAUCUCUGACAUUUCCCAAAGCUGCAGAAUUCAUUUUGCCUCUGUUUAAAGUGGCCAAGGCCAAAAUAUGGGAUGAAGUUAUUAUCUCCUACUAAUCUUUGUAAUUAUUCUUGUAAACCACUAAAAAAACAAAAUUGCUUUGAGAAUAUAAGUUGAAAUGAAAACUCAGUCCUGUCGAUUUCUGAACUGCUAAGGGCCCUUUCAGUUUUCAUGUAGCCAAAACACUCUUAACAGCCAGCAAAUGUUAUCAGAGGAAUAUUUGCUCGUGUUUUCUCUCUCUACUUCCCCGUUACCCACUUUAAAAAUUCCAGAGAUUUUUUUCCCCCCAGAAUAUUAGUUUUGGAAGAUUGUAUCCAACUAUAUUUUUUUAGCAGUUCUAAUGGUGCCCAUUUAUCCUGACCUAACUGGUUAUUUAAAUAAUUUUUUAAACCACCACCAAUAAUAAAUGGCAUGUGAAACUGAUCUGUUGGUAAUUGGAGGAAAAGUCAGCAUCUGUAUUUAUAAAAUAAAAUUGAUUAGUAUUUA